CUGUCGACUCCUUAUCAAUGUAACACACCACAGCCACAACAGUGCAUGGAUGUCAGUAUUUACCGGAGUUUGGGACCUAUUUCUGACGAGUUAGACCGACCUUAGACCGAGGCAGCGGUUUUAAAGGAUACACAUAUAAGCACGAGUAACACAGGUGGACUUCAUUAGACCGGAGGUGACGUUACAGAGCACGAGCGGCUUGAUAGUGUCGCAGCUAACGUAGGGUUAGCAAGAAUGCUAACAAGAUGUUCAACCCAUCAGCCGGGUUACCAGAUGAGCGAAAAUCCAUGUACAGUCAGUCCCAGCACAGUGUGUACAAAACUGGAGACAAAACCAGCCCCAUAAGCGUCAUACUGGUUAGCUCUGGCAGCCGAGGGAACAAACUCCUCUUCAGAUACCCUUUUCAAAGAGUGUCUGACUGUCCGUCAUCUCUCACAGCAAAACAAAGAAGUCCAUAUGCACUGAACACCAAUGGAGAGGGUCCUGAAGACCAGGAUGGGGAUUCAAGGUUCUCUGACAUCAUCCUGGCCAUGGCCACCAAAUCAGACAUAUGUGGAAAGAAGUUUGAACUGAAGAUAGAUAAUGUUCGGUUCGUGGGACACCCUACUCUUCUUCAGCAUCCUACCAUCAUUCAGGUUUCGAAGACUGAUCCUUCACCGAAGAGAGAAAUGCCAACCAUGAUCUUAUCAACUAUUGUAUUUGUUCUUGCGAAUGCUGACCCGUCCGUCAUCAGCUGCAUGCACAAUUUGUCCCGCCGCAUCGCCAUAGCUCUGCAGCACGAGGAGCGCCGCUGCCAGUACCUGACCAGAGAGGCCAAGCUGAUGCUGGCAGUGCAGGACGAGAUCACCACCAUGACUGAGACGGAUGGCACCCCCCAAUCCCCAUUCAGACAAAUCCUCCCCAAAUGUAAACUGGCCAGGGACCUAAAGGAGGCUUAUGACAGCUUGUGUACGACUGGUUUAGUGAGACUUCAUAUAAACAACUGGCUCGAGGUGAGCUUCUGUUUACCGCACAAGAUCCACGUGAUUGGUGGCACCUACAUCCCGCCUGAGGCAUUAGAGCGCUGCCUUAAGGCGAUACGACCCUAUCAUGCCCUUCUGCUGCUGGAGAGCGAGAAGGCCAUGCUGAGCCAGCUUCCUGUGGACUGCUCGCCUGCGAUGGUCCGCCUCAUCAAAACGUGCUCAGCGGUGAAAAACCUGCAGCAGCUCGCUCAGGAUGCUGACCUGGCCUUACUGCAGAUCUUCCAAAUUGCUGCACACUUGGUGUAUUGGGGCAAAGCGAUCAUCAUCUACCCACUGUGUGAGAACAACGUCUACAUGCUGUCUCCUCACGCCAACAUCAGCCUUUACUCGCCAUUGGCUGAGCAGUUUGCCCAGCAGUUUCCUGGCCAUGAUCUGCCCUCAGUGUUAGCCAAGUUCUCACUUCCUGUUUCACUGGCGGAAUUCAGGAACCCUCUGGAGGCUCCGGCACAGGAGGCUCAGCUGAUCCAGAUGGUGGUGUGGAUGCUCCAGCGCCGCCUGCUCAUCCAGCUUCACACUUAUGUCUGCCUGUUGGUACCGCCCAGCGAGGACGAGCCCGGAAUGAGAGACGAAGACCUGCCACUUGCCGCCAGAGUGGGAGGCCGCAGUCUCAGUACGCCGAGCGCUCUCAGCUUCGGCUCCCCGACCAGCAGUGAUGACAUGACGCUAACCAGUCCUAGCAUGGACAACUCCAGUGCAGAGUUGCUGCCCAGUGGGGACUCUCCGCUGAACAAAAGGAUGACAGAGACGCUGCUAGCAAGCCUGUCAGAGCACGAGAGGCAGGUUAUUCUGAGCAUCCCUGCUGCACAAAAUCAAGAGGACCUGCGGAUGUUUGCCAGGCUGCUUCACUAUUUCCGGGGACAUCACCACCUGGAAGAGAUUAUGUACAAUGAAAACAUGAGACGCUCGCAGCUCAAGACUCUGUUAGACAAGUUCCGCAGUGUCCUUGUGGUGACCAACCACGAGGAUCCCAUUAUUUCAAUCUUUCAGUCACCCAUGGAGUAACGGUGCAGCAGCAGCAGCAGCAGCAGCAGAGACGGUAUCAGCUCUCAGCUAAUGGAGGCGACGUCGGUUUGACAGCGCUUAAAAGCCUGCUGUUCUCACAGCUAAGUGCUAUCAGUCAACCAGAUGAAGUGACACAUUAAUUGUGUUAAUAUGUGCAAAGUGAAGAAGGAGCUUUCUUUUAUGAGCCUCGUUUGUUUACAGUAUUAAAUUAUUUUGUACAUACCAGAAAA